AUGGGGAUAUUCGAGAAGGGCUACGAGAAGCCCUCUCCCAUCCAGGAGGACAGCAUUCCGGUCGCGCUGGCGGGCAAGUCCGUGUUGGCCCGCGCCAAGAACGGCACGGGCAAGACGGGGGCGUUCGUGAUCCCGCUCCUGGAGAAGACCUCGACCACCAAGAACGCGAUCCAGGGGCUCAUCCUCGUGCCGACGCGCGAGCUGGCCCUCCAGACCUCCUCGGUGGUGAAGGAGCUCGGGAAGCACAUGAACGUGCAGUGCAUGGUCUCCACUGGCGGCACCAGCUUGCGGGAAGACAUCAUGCGCCUCUACAACGAGGUCCACAUCGUGGUGGCGACCCCAGGCCGCGUGCUCGACCUGGCGAACAAGAGCGUGUGCGAUCUAAAGGAGUGCAAGAUUUUGGUGAUGGACGAGGCCGACAAGCUCUUGUGCCCCGAGUUCGAGCCCAUCAUCGAGGACCUCCUGAAGUUCUUGCCCGCCGACAGGUGGCGCCUCGCUGCGCCGCACCUCGCGGGAGCCUCGCGCCUCGACCGGCGCGGGGACUCGCUCCGCGACCGGCGUGGUGCCGCGCUGCGCGACCGGCGUGCAUCUUUCCUUGACUGA